ACAAAAACAGUAGUAAUCUCAUUUGCUGGUUUGUGUUUUUUUGUUGUACCUACUAACACAAGGGUACAACUCACAAAGCUCCCCUUUAUGAUUGAAUUCUGAAAAUAUAAUUAUCUGGAAUUUUCUUCCCCUAAUAAUUUACGCUUCUGUUCAUACUUUAUGCAGAAUAAACGUCAGUACUUAGAAAUGAUCAUAAAAAUUUGAACCACAAUGGUAUAAGUGUUUUCUCGCAUUUGACCGCGAGUAAAGAAAAACGCAAAACUUAAUAGUCAAUAUUAUUCUUACAAAUCUGGGAUUUCAGUCAUUCGUGUCUUAUCAAAAUAACUUCAUUAAAUUAAUUUGCCGAAUCACUUGCGUUAAAGAGGAAAAUUAAAUAUUAUUUCUUUUGGUUCUCCUCGUUUCCAAAAUACGUGAAAAUACGUAUGCACUUCCAGUAUAAGACCGCGCCACUAAUAAGUACUUACAAUAUACUCGUAAAAUUUAAAACAUUUUAUCACGCAUAAAUUCCAUCCCGCACAAUAAGGCAAUAAUUCAAAUGAGAUGCACAUCGCCAGAGAUAAAAGUACAUUUUCAUGUGUUAUUCACAUGAAGCUGAAAAAGGCUUACUGGAUUUUUUUCAGAAAAUGAUUUGUAUCUCAAGUCCCAUUUCAAAAUUGAAAUUACACAGCUCUAAAAAACAAAAAAAAAAAUAGAUAUUAGCAAAUUUUAAUGUUUUUAAAUACCUAGAUUACAAAUUUAUUCAUGAAAGCAUUGAAUGUUCCAUUGUUUUAUGCUUAAUGCAUACCUUUGAUUUUUAUCAAUUACAGGCUGGUAAACAAUAAAAUGUGUUUCUUACAAACAUUAUUAGGGUUCUGUGCACUUUUUUGUGAACACACUCAGCCCCCACUAGCUACCGAAAAUAUGCAAAAAUGAUGUGGAAAGUUUUAAGGUUUUACCUAAAAUCAAACGUGGAGGAAUCUAUACUUACAGUCUACAAAAUAUCACGUUUUACUCAAAUGAUGUUUAUGGAAGGGUGAAUCUACACCAAAGCUAGUUUCUCAAAAUGAACUCAGAGAUUCAAUACGUGUUCAAUAUCCCAGCGGGAUAAUGGUUCACUGCUUACAUUUUUCUUUGAAGAAUGCUUCGAAGAAAAUUUUAUGUACAAUUCUUCGAUACCAGGUAAUGCAUAAAAGUAAGCUAUGCGGAAUAAUGUUUCCCCGCUUACAUUUUUCUUUGAAGAAUACUUCGAAGAAAAUUCUAUGUAGAAUUCUUCGAUAGCAGGUAAUGCAUAAAAGUAAGCUAUGCGGAAUAAUGGUUCCCCGCUUACAUUUUUCUUUGAAGAAUACUUCGGUGAAAAUUCUAUGUAGAAUUCUUCGAUUCCAGGUAAUGCAUAAAAGUAAGCUAUGCGGAAUAAUGGUUCCCCGCUUACAUUUUUCUUUGAAGAAUACUUCGGUGAAAAUUCUAUGUAGAAUUCUUCGAUUCCAGGUAAUGCAUAAAAGUAAGCUAUGCGGCUAAAUUCUACUGUGUUCAUAUUUACAAGUCAAGUAAGUACGUGAAAAACGACAAAUAGAAAUUGAUGGAAUAAAAUUUAUAAGUAAAUUUUUUCAUUAUUUCGUCAAAUCAUCAAGCAAAAAGUUGGUCGUGAUCAGGUGAGCUGCUAUUUUAAUUAAAAAUUUUGUUUAUUUUUGUGUUUAAACUUAGUAUAAAAAAUAAAAGAAUGUUCUCGAAAAGACAUAUGAGAAGAUUAAUUAAAAAUGAAGAAAGUGAAUUUUACGGAAUGGCUGAAGAUUAUUCUGAAGAGGAUGCGGUGAAUUGUAGUGAAUUUUACGGAAUGGCUGAAAAUAAUUCUGAAGAGGAUGCGAUGAAUUGUAGUUUUGACAAUAUUGAUGCUGAAGUUGAAUUUAUUGAAAAAGAAGAAAGUUCACAAAAAACGAAUUGUGACAAAUUAAUUGAAAAAUUGAAAAUGUGGACUGCGCGUCAUAAAGUCACAAGGAGCUGCUUCGAUGAUUUGUUAAAAAUAUUGCAGUCGGAGAAUAUUUCUGUACCAACAUCUUCGAAAGGAGUUUUACGGCAAGCGACCUGCAGGUUGAGAACUGUUGCGCCAGGAAAUUAUUUGCACAUAGGCCUAGAAAAGCAACUGAGGAGUAUCGCGAUAACGUUGAGCGACGUUGAUAAAUUUGAAAUCGAUGUCGGUAUUGACGGCUUACCUUUGUACAAAAGCUCAAAUGUAAGCUUGUGGCCUAUAUUGGCAAAAUUGCAUCCAAAAAGAAAUACGAAGGUGAUGUUAAUUGGUGUUUUUGAAGGCAAACAGAAACCGGCAGACGUGAAUAAUUAUUUACACGAUUUUGCUUAUGAGCUAAAAACGUUAACGCAAUACGGAAUGGAAGUCAAUGGCAGAAGAAUCAAAGUGAAAGUGCGAUGCUUUAUUUGCGAUGCCCCAGCAAGAGCAUUUAUCUGUCAAACAGUGGGUCACACCUCUUUUCAAGGAUGCAGCAAGUGCACACAAGUGGGUAAAAAAAUAAAUAAUACAAUAACUUACAGCACAUUGACGGAAAAUCUUCGAACUGACGAUGACUUUGCUGCAAGAAAUAGCGUGGGCCAUCAUAAAAAAAUGGAAAAAUCGUGUCUCGAAGAAAUGGGUGUGGGAAUGGUCUCCGCUUUUCCUGUUGAACCAAUGCACCUUUUAGAUCUUGGAGUUGUUAGAAAAAUGCUAAAAUGUCUAAUUAAUGGUCCGAAUGUAGGAUAUCAGUUGACAAAGCAACAGAAAAAUAUGCUGUCGAAAACUUUGAUUUCGUACAUACCUUACAUACCCAGUGAAUUUGCCCGAAAACCACGAAACUUAGAUGAAAUUGCAAGAUGGAAAGCAAUAGAGUUCCGACAGUUUGUACUUUACACGGGAAUUGUUGCUUUGAAAGACAUUGUAUCUGACGGUAUUUAUUAUCACUUUUCUUUGUUGCACUGUGCAUACGCAUUGCUUUCGUCACAAAAAACCUAUCAAAACAAUUUAGAAGAAAUAAAGCAAAUGCUUAAUUACUUCGUGCACCUUUUCCCAACCUUUUAUGGAGAAGAAAAAGUCAGUUACAAUGUACAUUCAGUGCUGCAUUUGGUGGAUUCCGUUCAAUCGUGCGCAAGGACCUAUAAGAUGAGUUACCACGGGCUGAAGUCUUUUAGCGUGAAAUCGGUUGUGGAAAAUUACGAAAACGAAAAUUCUUGUUCAUGCAAAAUCGCCAAUCUAGAAAAAAAAGUUGACGAAAUGCAACAACAUAUAGAGAAAUUGACGAAACAAGUUGACACCACAAAUGAGCUAUUGCGAAAAUUAACCACCGUGCAGUCAACAAAUAAUGCUCUCAUAAAUGCAAUGAGUUGCAGGCGCAAAUCUACCAAUAAAUUUCCAUUAAAAACGGAUGAAGCAUUAAAAGAUCUUGACACAGAAUUGGAAGGAAACAAGGAAAAAUAUAUCAAUAUGGAUGCAGACAUGCCAGCAGCCCCGACACCAACCACUCGUUCGGCUGUCAAUGUGCCACGCCAAGCGGCUGCCGCAGUUGCAGCGCCCCGAAAACCACACCAGCGGCGCCUCGGAGUGGACCAGUAG